AUGUCUAAUCCCGAAAGUGAGUCCACCACAGACAUAAAGAAAUUAAUAGAAGCUCGAACGGCUAUUUUGCUCGGGAAGAAUCACUCUAACUCUUCGGAGGGUAUGUGGCUUCUCGAGCAUAUGUUUCGACCUUUGACUACUGGUGAAUACGACGGAUUUCAAUUACUCUACUUGUCAGGAGGUAUAAGGCCUGCUUGGGUCAGAAAAAGAAAAGAUUCUAGACAACAGCUAGAUACACCACAGCAGCAAGUUAAAUCUCCUGUUAUCACUGACGAAGCAGGCACGCCAGCUUCAGCUAUUAUCUCAACUCAGCUUGCACCAAGCGCUCAACCAAAUGAUAAAAUGUAUGUCAUCACACCCCGAACUCGAAUCCUAAAAGUCGCAAAAGAACACUGUAUGGUCUUUAUUAUCGAUCUGAGCUCAAGUUUAGCUACAAUUGAGACAAACACAGGAAAUGUCAUGAUUGGGGACACAUUUAGUGUAAUUGAGAAUAUGAUUAAUGGGCUCAUUAAACCAUUUGAAUUGAAUGUGUCUGAUGCAUCACCUCCUAUUAUAAUGGAAAACAUUGUCAGAAUCACUGUUAUUGCAGAGUGCUCUCAAUUCGGAUCAAAUAUGAACGUAAUACCUAUUCUAGCAGAAUAUCCAACAAUGCGAGUUUUAAUGCAAAACGUCCAAGUAUCAGUCAAUAAUUCCAAUGCCGUUUUGAAGAACUUGAAAGAGGGAAUUGAUGCGUUUAAAAGUGAUUUAAGCAAAUUCAGAAAGAAACUAAUCAUGAGGCGAUUGAAGGUGGGGUACGAGUUAGAUGUUCGAGACAACCAUGCCCAAUCAGUGACAGAUAGUGCUGAUUCGAAUUUUUCUUCUCUUGAAUCACCUACAACACCUUCUACAACCAAAAAAAGCAUACAGUCUCGCAAGACCUCUGUUGCCAAUGUAAUGUCAUCAAAGUCUUCCAUUUAUCCCCGAACUAAAACAAUACCUUCAAAACAACAAUCCAGAAAAGAUACCAUAAACAAUACCACAACAAAAACAAAUGUCACAGGCAUACAUAAUAGAAAUCAUCACCACCAUCAUCGACACUCUUCUUCUACCACUUCCAAUGGAAGCAUUCUUUCAGGCAAUAGCAACAGACAUCAGACAAAAGACACAUGGGGAGUAGGUAAAACAGGCAGCACACUUGCUUAUAUUCUACGAGCUGGUUUGUUUGCUCUCCAAUUGUUGCCUAAGGAUGGUCAGCCUUCAAUUGUACUAUUAACAGAUGGUGUAGUAAAAUCUAACAUUCAAGAUGAAUCAGUAAUUCGAGAAUUGGUAGCAGAGAACAUUGCUUGUAAUGUAAUUCAAAUCGGAAAAGAUAAAUGCUUUUUUCCUGGCUUAAAUUUCGGAUUUGUGCCUGAUAAUGAAAUACUGGAGUUCGUUACCAGUACAACUAAUGGUGUAUUCACGUUUGCAGAGUACUGCCCUCCCAUAGUGGAUGAACAGCUUGGAGUCUUUUCAGCCCCGCCCAACAUCUACCAUCACCGCUAUAUGCUCAAAGAAAUAUAUUUUGAUUCAUCAAAGGCUUUACGCACAGGCAAAAGCAAAGACAACGUAAAUGUACCUUCGAACACUCCAGAAAACGACUCGGCAACUACCAUGGAUAGAUCCUCUUCUGUCGCUGCCGGAAUAUCUGGACCAACGUCUAUUAAUCCAAUGAUGAUGGAAUCUCAUUGGGGUCGAAGGGCGUUUCCUUGGGAUCCGAUGUCUAAACCCAUUAUGGAAGAUUCGGGAAGACUAAAGUUUAAAGAGUAUUUCUUGCCUUCAGAGUGCUGGCAUUUCAUGCGCGCAAGAUUACGACAAGGAUUCGUGCUCCAUUCUGUCUCUUUUACAGAUGAGGUUAAACCUGUCAGUUCCAAAUCUUCCAACGGGCUUACGAAGCAGUUAUCGACUGAAGGAUUGACUAAUUUUCAGAAGAAGCAAAAUGUGUUGAUUGUAUUUGUAUUAAGGUGGCAACCAAACGUUACUGUACAAUACUCCAUCAAGUCCUUAUGGACUUCCUCGUUACGCUCUUAUCUCAAGUCCAUUUCAACCUCACAAGAUAGAUUGUUACACAUACCUGAAGAGCCCCAUAUACUUAAAGACGAUUCCAUGUUUAACUGCAUGCGUGCACCUAAGGUCGAGAUUGUCGUAAAAUCGACUUCAACAUUCUCUCACAUGUUGCAUAAUUGGGAUUCGUUUCAAAGACGAAGCCAGAUGAUGGCUGUCCAAGGAGGCAAUACUACAGUUGACUUAGCUGGAGCACCUGGGCUAAUAAAAGUAGGCAAGAUGAAAAGGUUAUUGGAACGGCUAGCAGAAACAGAUAGCAUGCUGAAGCAACUAGUGCAAUUCAACUUUUCAGAUAGAAGUAACAUAUUGGCUACUUCGCAUCAAUUUGAAUCAGCCAACUCUGCUGAAUGGGCGGCCCAGUUGAGCUAUAUUCAGAAGUUUAGCACCCACUGGGCAAAAUUGGAAAGGUCUGAGCUACGUAUUUUCAAUAUGUGUUGGUAUGAUGAAAGCUCAUUCAACUUGAUAUUGCAAGGAAGCUCUGUAGCUUGCAACAUGGCAUCUUAUUAUAUGAAUGGUACAGAAAUGCAACAGCAACAAUUUAGUAAUGAAUUUGACGAGGCACAAGCUACAAUCAAUCAAGUUUAUGCAAAAUUAGAGAAAUGGUCAACGUUUAUGAGCGAAGAUCAACAAGUUUAUAUUAAGAUUCUGAAUCUUCAUGAAGAAUUAAAGGCUGUAGAAGGCAGCAAACGCUCUAUUGCAAGUCUCUCGCCGAGUAACUCUUCUUCAAAGCGCCACAUAGUUCCUCAAUUUUGCGAAGUACGAGUAGUAAGAGAAACACAAAGAGUGCUUUACAUCCGUAUUAUGUUUUUCAAUGCCAAUGCAUCACUUCGCCAAGCGAUUACGGGAGAAUUACAGUGCUUACUUGACAAUGAGGAUCAGCACCAAAUGGUAUCAAUACUCCCAGAGACCAAUAAUUCGCCACUCAAUAUUCCUAAUAGUUCUGGAAAUGACGCACAACAACAACAAUUCGAUUCGACUGUUGGUUUUAGGCUAUCAAAACGUCCUCUUUCUACAUUGCUUAUGCGCGAUAGUUCGCACUUUUUAGCAUAUAAUGAUAGUAACAAAUUUGAGUCGGAGAAAAAUAGUACACCAAGCAACAAGUCUCUUUGGUAUGUUUAUCCUACAUUGUCAUUGACAGGCGAGUUUAUAGUCAGAAACUAUCUCAAUCGAUCAACAUGGUACUGGGAUGUGCAAGAUAUACAUCAAGACAAGCAUCCCUAUGGUCAUUUUUCUACACCUGUUAUUAACAUGGCCUUUGACCAUAUAAUGUUUACGCGCUUGAGCAAGGAGUGGAACUUGAUAUCAUGCAACAAAUUAUUUGCACACUUCUACAAAGAAGUAACUUAUGGCAAUGAUAUGAGUAGUAUCUAUGCUAUGCAAUACUUUAUCUGGAAGGAUGUGUCCAAAAAGCGUAUUUCUACUGAGAUCUGGGUCGAACCUGUUAUUUCGGAUGAAUCCACACUUAGAGCAUGUAAUCAUGCAAAGAUCGAAAUUUUCGAAGAGGAUAAACAGAUAAUUUCUCAGUUCAUCACGUUCGAUGCCGUGUAUAGUUUUGGAUCAAAUUAUUCUUCCUCAGUAACCGAGGCUUUGAUGAACCAAAUGGAAGUUGAAGAUGAAAUACGUGGAUCUGUCAAAUGGAUGCAACGUAAUGCUGUGUUUAAUCUGUCUUCUAUACUAAGAUUAGGGACAUUUUUGUUUGCCUUGUACCCUUGUCCUAAUUAUAGUAAACACUAUCACCCAGAAUCAUCUUCAAGUAGCUUUCAGAACGAUUUAUCGCUUGCUGUUGGUCAACAGCAAGAAAGCUUACAGCAAGAGCAUGAGACCAACGUCAAUGACAUCCGCCCUGAUACUACGGCUACUGUAUCUUACUUACGAGGAAGAAGAAACAAUGGAACUCCUUCCUCCUCCUCUACAGUAACAGGCACUCGCUCAAGAACUGUAUCCAAGUUUAGUCCAAUUGGUUCGCCAUUGCCCACUUCUGUAAAAACUCCAUUAUCUUGGCAAAACGAAAAAGGCACUAGCAGUUGCACUUGCCCCCGACCAGAUAAAUUAUUCUCAGCCGAAAAAGAUAGUAUUUCCAAGCUUCGACCUGUUCUUAGAGACAUUGCUCUCCUUCAUUAUUAUGUAGAGCAAUCGCUUUUUGCCGUGACAGAUCGUAGCAUAUCAUUAAACAAGACGCCUGUGGACAACUUCUGGUAUACUCAUAUCAAAGAAUUACUUAAAUAUCCAGAAUUGUGUGUUAGCAAAAGUACAUUGUAUACUGCUCAAAACUUUCGAGACUUGCGCUGCUUUAUCAAGAUAUUUGAUCCCUCUGCGUUUAUUGUCAUAUUGAUACCUCGUCUAGAUGCUAUUGUGAAAGGGUUGGUCAAACUGGAUCGCGGAAGUUGCGAUCCACCAUUGUUUAAUACUAUGGGAUUGACAAUGUUUGAAUGUAAAAGACAAGCAGAUAGUAGUCAGAAAGACGCAGUUAAAGUUACUUUGAUGGAUCCCUAUUCCUACAGAGAAUGGCUAGAGAGUUUGAAAUCUACUCUCAGACCUACUCUGGCAUAUGGAUAUAGCUCCAUAGAACCUUCUUUAUCCGAUAGAACGCUUCGACUAAUGCAAGACGUCACACAGGUGUAUUCAAGAAGCUUUGUAAAGUCCAUCUUCACUUGUUUAUUGCACGGUCGUGCUGUAGACUCAGAAGACUUUGAGAAAGUAUUAGAAAUAUGUGACGAGACCAAUAUAGAUAUUGAUUUGACUGGCUAUCUCAAUAUACAAGCUUUAUUAAAGCGUCGAUCGCGAACAAAUGAAGAAGAGUUGAUAUCAGCAAAUCAACGUUUUGUUUCUGUCUUGGGCCAUUAUUUUGAACCGGUCAUCAUCUCCAAUAGUGAGCGAAGUAAUGUCUAUUGUUAUCGUCCUCCUUUCGCAAAAGCUGGUCAAAAAUUAGGGCUGUCUCUCUCCUUAGGUGAAAAACCUAGCAGUUUAGCUGAUGUGGUCAUGUGUGCACAAAAUCCUCUAUUCAUUCGAUUAGACUGUACUCUAAGAAAGCCACACAGGUCUGGUAUUGGUUAUGAAGAAGUCGUUUUUCCUUUAAAGAGCUUACCUGUUUCAUAUGAGGGAGAAACAGAGGAUGGUGUACAAUAUCGCUUUGAACCAGAAUCCAUAGGUACCCAUCUAUCACCGGUCGAUUCAGCAGACGGAACAACUGCUACGUUACACUUGGUGUGCAUGAGUCUGCCACAAUCGGAUUAUGAUCCUCUUGAUACUUCGUUCUCACAUCAACCAACAUGUCCUUCUGAUAAUACAAUGCAUCAUCAAUCAUCCUUUUUAGAUGUAGACAAAACAUACCGUGAUCGACUUCUUUCAUUAAGCCAAGAUAAACAAGAUGCACUUGUUGAAACAGAAGCUCGGCUCACUUGGCUCUUUACAGAAGAAAUCAUGCAUGGCUUGCUUCGCUCUGGUCCAAUCACUCAAAGUGUAAUUCGGUAUAUUGAGGCUCAACUCAAGAAGAAAAAUCCCUUUGUUGAUUUUCCAACAACCAUGCUUAUUCCCUUAGCAUUUGUCAAGAAUCAAAAAGAAAGCCGCCGCUUGUUCUUUGAAGAGCUUGAGAAACACGAUAGUACGUCUUACCGUCUAAUUCGUGUAGGAGAUUGUUUCUAUGCAAGCGAUAAUGGAGUCUCCAACACUAUAUUGAGUCAUCAAGGAGACGAUAAUGAAUUGGAAGAUAACGAUACAAAUUAUGGCAUUUCUUUGUUUGAUGGGGAAGGACUAAAUAUCACUACAGAGCCCAGUAUUGACCGAACCCACAUUAGUGAUGAAGAACAAGAUAGCGAUGAAUUUUGUCAAGGACUAGGCAUCAGCAUUUUAGAACCCGAGAUUUCUGAAGAGGAAGAGAUUGAUAAAAAUCAAGAAGAUGAAGGAACUGCAAAAACACAACUGUAUUGGUUACUGCUGAUCCCUCAAGCACAGAACGUUCAGGUUUAUUUUUAUUCUAAAAUGCAGCAGUUUGUAAAUCGUUCAGAAAUCAUACGUGUUACAAAGUCCAUGGUGAAUGAAGUGAUGGAAAAGACAAACAAGCUCUCCCUCUUGCAGUCUUUAAAUAAUACUCGUUUGUGCAGUAAAUACCUUUUGACAUCAGUUGAUGAAGAUAAGUCUUUUUAUUCUUCCUGUGAUGAAUCCAGUGAAGAAGAAGAUUACCUAUAUGAUUCCGGUAGCAACAGCAAAAACAACAAUAACCUUGUUGAUAUCUUGUCAACUUCAGGCGAAGAGACAGCUUUCUCACCAAUCAAGAAAUUUGUACCAGGUCAAUUUAGUUGUGACAUUGUCUACACUAAACGAUUUCCGCUCCAUUGGAGAAUUGCGCCCAACACUGCCUACAACAAGCUGAUGACAGAUACACUUCCUCCUUUUCUUGUGAGAAAUAAGGCUGGUAUGUUUGUAUGUUCCCACGAAAACUCAGUGUUGUACUUUUUCCUUUCUGAAGAAAAUGCUGUUCAGCAAUCCAGUGCUACACUUUCUGACAGCAUGAACCAAUCCUUUCUUAGCACUAAUAAUAACAACAAUAACCAAGACGACGGAUAUUACGCUGCAAACCCAGAGUCACCCUAUGGCUCCUCGCUCCUGAUCAACAACCCCAAUGAUAGUGAAGUGCUAGGCACUUCCCAUUGUACACGUGUGCGUCACUCUUCAUAUGUAUACAACAAGCCUUCGCCACAAGAGAGUAUGUCAAGUCAGCAGUUCAGUCCACACCACAGUCCUAGCUUGACAGAUGCAGGAGUGCCUGCUAUAUCUCCUGUAGGCGGAAAAAAGGCCAACUUAAGAAGCUUUGAAGGGAGAGAGCUUGUAUUGGAAGUGCACGGUGUUGAAUUGGACUACUACAUUAUAGAUGGACUUGUAGACAUGAUUGAUGCUCGUAUCACUUCGGAAAUUACUCUGAAAGAAGUACAACAGUUCUUAGUACGUAAUCCCAACUCUCGACUUUCUCGUGCCGAUAUUGAUUUUAUUUUGCCUGUUGAAAAAGAACCUCUCGUUCAUUGUAAACUCAAGUUACCUUCUCUGAUAAGUAAUACAGUGCAUUUCGUAAAGAUUUUACGCAAGAACAUUUUAAGUGAAUCGUCACUACAUGUCAUCCAUUCCAACUAUUUAUCUGCAUUUAUCAGGCGCCAUCAUGACUUGAGGUAUAACAAUUACAAUGAACAAGGUCAUAUCAAGAUACUUGACGAAAACGAGCACCAAUUACCUUCUGAAGACUGGUCCUGUUUGGAUUUAUGUUUUUAUUACAAUUACUUAAAUCGAGCGCCGGGGACAUAUUUACCAUUCGAGCAGCGGGUCGGUGAAGGUGUGGCUGGUAUUUGCCUGUCAAUCCUAAAUGAAGAUGAUUCGGCUUACAGUAAAAUAACAUCAAGCUAUCCUGGUAUGGCUCCAAAUGAAUAUUAUAAUCAGCUCAAUCUCGAUUCGUUAAAAUCAUGCUUGACUUCUGAUUUUGAAGAUUUGAGCGAUGGAAAACUUAUUCUUGGUGUUGAUAUCUGGUCUCAUUGCAAAAUUGGUGUGGAGCAUAUAUACCAUCACGUUCACAAAGCAUUCAAGCAGAGUAUCUGUGACUAUGUUGUUGAAAAUCUAGUGCAUUGUUGCGUAACAUCGUCUAGACAACAACAAGAAACAGACGAAUUUAAACUUGUAGCGAAUUCACUCUUAUACACUCUGGAUACGGCUACAGAAUGGCAAAGCUCAACUGUCAAGAAAAUGUCACAUACUAUUCAAUUAGCACCGUGGUACUUUGAUAAUAUUAUCAUGCAGCUCAAAUUAGAUCUCACAGAGAUUCACCCGUCUUUGGAACCCAUUGUAGCUAGAGCAGAGCUUGCUACUUGCGUUUUUGAUGAUGAUGAAGAAAAAGAAAGAUACGAAGAAUACAAACUGUAUUUGCCUGAUCAUGGAGAAGGAGUUGAUUAUUUUAGCACAAGACAGAUGCAUAAGAGCGAAGAAAGUUUAUUUAGCCGGUUCAAUCUACAACUGAGCAAGGUUAAUAAUUACUCAAACGGUAGAGCUGCUAGUUCUUACUCACCUCCUAAUAAGCAAAACAAAAAGAAACUAAUCGAAGCGCCUACUUUCAAUAACAAAGACUAUCGUUACUUUAUUGUCAGCGGGCUUCCUGAGCUAUACAGUAAAUACAUUUCAUCAUCAUCUCUCAGUAUCAGAAGAAGUAGUACAGAAGUGACAGAUGCUACUAAUUUCAAUCUUAGAGCUGCUGGGCGUAAUGUUAUGUAUUUUGGAAGCAGCGGAAGCAUUAAUCCGAUAGGAGAAGACGAACUACCGACUAGCUAUCACAAAAACGAGUCCUUCAGAAGGGACGACAGUAUUAGCUUGCAUAGUCGACAAGAAUCACUUGCAUCAAGUAUUUCUAAAGCCUUUCCAAACCAUAUUUCCAAGCAGAGAAGCAGUAAUACUGACUACAAAGAUAUUUCUCAUCAACAUAGUUUUAUGAUAUUUACUAUGGACUCAUCUCAAUUCACUGUCUAUGCUUACAAUUGCUCUGAACAAUUCUCAACCCAUGUUUAUAAUGCUACUUAUAAGAAUGUCAUGCAGCAAGAAACGAGGCAGAUGGGUCUCAACAAUAUCCUCCAUCAGAAAAUUGGAUUGUUCCAUCAUUCUGAUACGAUGUCUACUAUUCUAUCUCGUCAAUAUCAGGAACCAGACAAUUCUCUUAAUGCGCCAUCACAGCUUCAACAUAGUGCUUUGUCGCAAAUUCAUAAUAGCAGUAUGCGAUCUACCAUGUCCCCUAGCUUAGCAAAUACUAUCAGUAGACUUGUACAAACUGACUCUUCUUCUUCUAUCCCUACCAUUGAAAGUGUAGACCGACGAAGCAGUAGUAGUAAACAGACAACAAUUGUCGUUGAUUUUGAAAACUUGCAACAGCUUAUUAGGAACACAUACGAGCACAAAAACCGUACUACAGGUUAUCGUAUAUCAAGAAUUAGUAGUAGCGCGCUUAGUGGGCUAGAAAUGUCACAUCCUCAAUCAACACUAGACGCUUUUGAUAAUGCAAGGCUGUGCAAUAUGACACGAUCUACUAGUGACCCGGUUUAUACAGCUUUUCGAGGAGCAAAUGCUAAUACUGUUCUAAGAGAUGUAUACGUUGAAUCUACACAAGACAACAAAUACUGGUACGAUAGUGACUAUCUUGUGCGCCAUGGUGAACCUUAUUUAGAGGUAUAUCUAGCACGAGCAAAACCAUUAGCAGCACAUGAAAAGGCAUUCAAGGUAUACACAAAAUGGGCGGAUCAAUAUUAUGGACCUGGUCACACUAGCACAGUAGACGAAAUGAUGACAGUAGAUGAAUUGAAGCAGAUCUUAAAAGCUUCUCGCUUGUUACAUUUUUGCCGUACACCACUAAUUUUCUCAGAAUCUACUGUUAUCUCUGAAUUAGCAACUACGUGUUUUGAAAAACUGUUCAACAAUGUAUCUAAAACUCGAGAAAUGACUACCUGGUAUGAACAGCUGUCUCAAGAUUUUAUGAGAGAAUAUGCUUCGUAUUUGGAAAGCAUAGGUAUGCACUUGAUUGUAUACGGUCCCUCAAAUGAUCAACCAGAUGAAAUGGAAGCAUAUCAGUCCCGUUUUACGAUUACUAAAGAUUACUCAGUGGACUCUCCAGUUGUUUAUUUGUUACAAGUAUUUGAAGGUGGUUCUAUUAUGUGUGAAGUAAGAUUGACAGAUGCCUUUGUUUCUGUUACUCUUUAUACACUUCAUCGUCGCUAUGGUCGCCUACAACAUUCUCCUUAUUCAUAUCAACGCAAAGAGAUAGGGAGAGAAAGCUUCCAAACCUUUAUGAGUGAAUGCGAUCAAUUCAAGCAGCGUAUCCACGUCAACUCCUUUGUCUAUGACUUUCACUUGCGCUAUAUUCAGCGAAGUUUAGACAAUGUUGCUUUGCUACCUCCUAGCUUAAACAUGCUGAGCAUUAUCAAGAACACAGCAUCUGUCUACGAUCGCCCAGCUAUUUAUUCACGCAACCGUAUAUUAAGUGGUAUCUACGAGUUCCCUCUUACAGAGGAGCCUGUUCAAGGAUUGAUUAGCUGGAUCUUGAGCUCCGGUAAGGCUUUAGGGCUCAAGACAUUGAAAGUGGACCAAAGCCCAGUGGCUUGUUUUGUAUCUUCAGACGAUUUAUCAUUCGACAGUCAAAAUUCUGAAUCAAGUAACGAGGCUGCACCUUUUCGACACACAUUGAUGAUUUGUCCAGCAGAAAAUUUACUUGGUAGAGAGAAAUGGCAUGAUAACCUUGGUGUUCAUAGACAAGGAAGCUUUGAUAUAGUGAACUCAAAUCCAGUUCAAAAGUUUGUGGGUCGUAUUAUGGCAGCAGACUUGAAAGAAAAUGAAUACUCAAGAAAGAUAUCUCUACAAUAUUUUAUUCUUGUUACUUAUCGUGGAAUGGACCGUUGUACCUCCAAAGAUCGAUGUCAGAGAGCUUGGUCUAAAGUUGUUAGUGAAAGACCUAAGCGUUACUCUAAUCCUCUGAAUGAAGUGUUGGUACCUGAAACAUACACAUUAAACGAUGUUUUUCAGUCUGCAAAGCUAAAAAUGCACCAAAUAAUGAAAAAGGCUUUGUAUUUUUAUCAACGAGAGGCUGAUUGGAACAAACUGUAUAAGAUCAUACACCCUAACAUUUCACAAGAAUCACCCGAGGAUUUAGUACAGCUUGCAAAAAAAUUCAAUCCUAUUCAACUGGAACAAGUCGAUCCGUCUUUCAGCAAGUUUUUGCAGCUCAAAGGAAUUAACUGGAAUGAUGCCUUAGAUAAUUUAAAGUUAUUUUAUAUAAUGGCUUCGGGUGAAAUUCACAUCAAAGACACAAGACAUGUCUUGUUGUUUGUUCCUAAUACAGCUACUCCUGCUUUCUUCCAUUUUGCUUACACUUUAGGGGGGAAAUGUACUGUUACAAUCAAUUCAAAGAAGCAUCGAGACAACAUUGACGUACUAACAAACGACGAAAAGGACUAUAUCAUUACACUUGCUACAAGUUUGUCGUAUUACUUAUGGAAACGCAUUGUUUGA